GAUACACACGAUGUCCUCGGGAGGAAGUAAAAGAAAGAACGUUUUCAUUGAAAAAGCUACCAAGCUUUUCACCACUUACGACAAAAUGAUCGUUGCUGAAGCCGAUUUUGUUGGUUCAUCCCAAUUACAAAAAAUCCGUAAAGCUAUCCGUGGUCAUGGUGCUGUUCUUAUGGGUAAAAAGACUAUGAUCCGUAAAGUCAUCCGUGAUUUAUCAGAAUCUAAACCAGAAUUAGAAGCCUUACUCAACUACUUAAAGGCCAACACCUGUAUUAUCUUUGCCAAAGACUCAAUCACUGACGUUAAAAGAGUUAUCAAAGAACAAAGAGUUGGUGCCCCAGCCAAAGCUGGUGUUUUCGCUCCAAAUGAUGUUAUCAUCCCAGCUGGUGGUACAGGUAUGGAACCAACUAUGACUUCUUUCCUCCAAGAUCUUAAAAUCGCCACUAAGAUUAACAGAGGUCAAAUUGAUAUUGUCAAUGAUGUCCACAUCAUCAAAGUUGGUCAAAAAGUCGGUGCUUCAGAAGCUACCCUCUUACAAAAAUUAAACAUCAAACCAUUCACCUAUGGUUUAGAACCAAAAAUCAUCUACGAUCAAGGUGCCUGUUAUUCACCAUUAAUCACUGAAGAAGAUCUCCUCAACAAAUUCAAACAAGGUAUUGCCAAUAUUGCUGCCAUUUCACUCGAAAUUGGUUACCCAACUAUUGCUUCAAUUCCACACAGUGUUAUGAAUGCCUUCAAGAAUUUACUCGCCAUCUCAUUCGAAACCGAAAUUACUUUCGAUGCUGCCGAUAAAUUCAAAGCUGCCGCUUCAGCUGCCCCAGUUGCCACCGCUGCUGCCCCAGCUGCCGCUGCUCCAGCUGCUGCCAAGAAAGUCGUUGAAGAACCAAAAGAAGAAUCAGAUGAUGAUAUGGGUAUGGGUCUCUUCGAUUAA